GGCGUACCGCUCCCCCCCGUUUCGCACACGGAGUCUGGGUGUGCGCCGCCGUGUACUCGCGGCAGCAGCUGGGAGAGGGAGAGAAGCUGCUGCACUCGGACCCCGGCGGCAGGCGCGUGCACACUGCGUGGGAGGGCCAUGCUGACAACUCCACGGACUCUGCAUUGAGAAAUCACGCUGCCACCCAUGAUCAGCGCUACGAACACCUAGGUGGCGGCGAGACUUCUCGCGUCCGAUACGCGCAGUACCGGCUCACUGUGCCGCGUUCCUGCAGUGCUCGGUGCGGUGCCCGGAGGCAGCUCUGACGGCGAUGGUCGUGUGCCUCACGUGGGGCUGCCAAGCCCCCGCGGCGGCCCUGUGCGCCCCGGUUCUGGGCCCGCCGCAGCCUCCGCCGCCUCCGCAGACGACAGCCACGACGUUCUGCUCCGUGAUACCCAUCCACCCGUGGAAGCAGUCGUAUGGCAUGGAGCAGGUGUGGCAGGCCGAGUUCCAGAAGCUGUUCUCACAGUACGUGCCCCAGACGUGGUACCUGCUGCCGGUCGUGCAACGCCCCAUCGGCGUCAACUGGCAGACGUUCGUCGACUCGGCCAAAGUUCGCUUCUGCUGCGAGGAGUGCGGCCACGGCUGGACAUCGAUGAAGGGUCGCAUCUCGUUCUGGUUCCUUCUGACGAGCCACGGCGAGGGCUUGGUCACCUUCAAGCUGUACGGCCAGCAGUGCGACAAGUGCAAGGUGGGCCGCUACGAGCCGGCCAUGUGGUACCCGGAGGAAGUGGUCAAGGUGCUGGUCAACAUCUACAACCGGGUGGGCCAGGUUUACUACGGCUUCCAGCAGCCGCCCAUCCACAAGAACCGGCGGCCAGGGAAGCCACGAAACCCGCACAAUGCCGACCUGUGCCAGGCUUGCAAAGACGGUGUCUGCUCCGAACGGAGGUGAUCGCACACCAACUCUUCAACCACACCAGCCGCGAAACUCAAUAGUGGACCCCCAUUCUAUGAACGGCAGCACUGAUUGAUUACACCAUGAAAUGAAAACAUGGUCGCGCCACCUGUACUGCAGUUGGGUGAACUGAGGCGAGCACAAUACACAAACCUUUUGAGUGUUCAGAGCCUUGAAAGCAAUGAAUGAUGAUUGUAGGGCAUGCUGCCAGCCCUCAGCGGCCACAGUCACAGUCACAGACCGUGGCCAGAUUUUGAAAAGGUGGUUUUGCAAGAGCGCAAGUACGACUAAAUGUUUUGGAAGGUAGAAUCACAGACGCCCGGCCUUUCGAUCACAGCCAAGAAGCAGCGCUCUGUUGCAUGCACGUCAAGUUGCAGCUCACAAGAGAACUGCAUAAGCUCGCUGAAGAGCACGCAUCUGGUAGCAAUAACCUUUGCAAAUAUUUUGUCAAAAAAUGCACACCACACGAGUAUCAAGUCUUCCAUACGAGGCAAUAUGUGCCACACCUGCAUCCGACUUGUAUGAUGGUUACAUAAAAGUCCAAUGAGGAAGAUGUUUCUACGAUAGUGAAUGUAAAAGAAUGUGUGCUAGAAAAGCAUUGUAAAAAACAAACAGAAUAGGCAUUAAGGAAAGUAUGGUCAGCUCGCUUUUUACAGAAGAGACUGUAAAGCAAAAACUGCCAACAUGGAUGUAGCAAAGCAUGAAAACAUGUAAUGAUGAGCCUGACAAGUUUGCUUUAUUUCUUUAACCACGGAAAUGGCAAGCAAGUUAUACUGCCUACCAGUUUCGCUAAAUAAGUGUGUUCUGUCUGCUGUUCAUUGUAGAUGCUUUCCAGCAGGUCGCUUUACAACUGCGUGUGUAUUUGACGUGUGUCUACGAAGGAUGGUACAGUCGAUGCGAAGCAAAACAAAGAUCAACUCAACAUUCAAUGCAAAUGAAAUUUGGCCAAAAAUCACAGUUUCUCAGGACAGCACACGUGUAUGCCUGCCUGUGCAGGGCGUUGCUGAAAACAACACACACACAUUGUUUCGCCCUUAAGAGAAAAAAGCUUUAAAAAGAAGACAGACAGAGAAGUCAGUCUGACUGCUUCGGCAAGCUACUCUGUUAGGAAAAAAAGCAUGAUGGCUGGUGAUGAUGACAGAAGGGAGAUGCAUUAGAAUAACAGAGCUGAGCUGGUUAGUAAGUAUUCAUUCUAAAAAGACAGGGCAUGCAAACAUGGACACAAGAAAGAAGUCAUGACAGUUGGCGUUUGUGGUGUCGUGACCUCUUUCUUGUGUCCGUGUUUGCACGCCCUGUCUUUUUAGAAUGAAGAUGCGACGCAUAGCGGGAAAGCCUGCUUAAAGCCUAGAGACCAGACCUGUGCUUUUUAUAAAGUAAGGUCCGGAUGGCCUUAAACUAAGUUCCGAGUCAUGCCAAGGGCCCAGUAGUACCUCCUCUCACAAUGGUUGAGGAGGCCAUUACCAAUAACAUUUUUUUUUUAAAUUUCGUCGUUACCUAAACAAAAUUUAUACCUUCAAAGUGCAAUUUUGGUAGCCGUUGACCUUUGACAUGUAGCAGUGCUCUUACAGCUCCAAGCCCCAAAUCAUGGCAAAAUUCACAAUCAUUAAAAAGCUCUUUUUUUUUUUGUAGCUCAGAGCCAGCUCAGAACUUUAGAUAUGUUUACGUGACACACAAGAAAUGCCAAAUUGUGUCUAUUAUAAUAUCCAAAGCUCACCAUAACUACUUUAUUAAAAGUAUGUUGCAACAGUCCUAUCACAAUUUACUUCAGCUUUGCUGUAACAAACUAUCUGACCUAUUUCAUUAGGAAAUAUGUGCACACAUUCCUGAGCUCAAACCAGGAGAGGUGACCGCAAAGCAUUGCAAGAAAGUUCUCAGGAAGCUCAAAGUUCAAGCAAAUUUCAGUAAUAAUCUCAAUUCAAGCAGCAUGGGCAGCUGUACUAAUUAUACAGAAUAUUGAAUAAAAAUCUCAUAAAUAGCAUUCUUGCAAGUGCUUACGUCAGCUGUUCGUUUUAUUAUUAUGAUGAUGUAACUUUUUUUUAAGAUCCCUUGCAGGAUUGACAGUGAAUUGGGAAAGGAACAAUAACGUUCUCAUUUUCAUUUCUUAGUUCGCUUUCUCUAGUGCUCAACACACAAGCUAUAUUUGUGAAGGAUGUAACAGUGCUGCAGAGUGUUUACUGAAAGGUAAUAACAAGCAAAGCCGUAAUUAUCUUGCUGCUAAUUUUCAAAAUAUUUUUACUAAUUUUGUAGCUAUCAAAAAGCGACUUCGAUCCCAAAGAAUGUACGUACACACUAUGCUUUCUUUCAGAGGCACAGCUUUCCCAUAUUUCAAGCAGGGGAAGGGAACUUGCCGUGAUCAUUUUACACAUGGUCCAUUUCAGAAGUUCAGAAAAAAAUGCCAGUAAUUGGAGCUGCCUACGGUUUGUGGUUUGGGAGUGUCACCCUUUGCCCACUCGAAGGCGACGCUUAUGCCUCUCUUUUCCUUUUUCAUGUUGCUAAUAUGUUUGAAAUAGCACCGAUAUUGUUGCUUGUAAGCACCAUUGCAGUUUUUUGCUGUUGUUACAAGUACAUUCCUCAGUGAACAAGUGCCUGCAUGUUCCUUUUCCACAGUCGCAAUACAAAAGGUCCUCUGAACCACCACUCACACGGGUUUGAUGAAAGUACACAUUCCACGGGUAGGUGACGGAGUUGGGAACAUCUCAGCUGAAUUUUGCAGCUGUGCGGGGAGCUCACAAGCGAAGCGAAAUCUCUCUGACCACCCUCUUUUGGAAUAGAUGCCUGCUCCCUGCGGAUGACCGGCCACUAGUGGCUAUGCCCUGGCGUCAGAUGGCAUGUGGCAGGUUUGGAUGAGUGCACUCUUUCCCAUGAUCAUGUAUAUAUUGUUUGGCACAGUGAGGCAAACAAGGUGCAGAAGUACAUAAUUUUGGUAUUAAAUUUUGAUAAGAAAUGCGCACUUUCAAGAGCAACCAACUGUCACCUACUCAUGCUCAGCCAAUAGGAAAAAAAUGCAACGUUGUGGGGGUGGGGCACCGCAAAAAAAAGACGUUGAGUAGCACUGACAAUUGGGCGAGUUGAUACAGAUGCAUGGCUUCAGAACGGCGCAACAAGGAAGACUAAAAGACGAAAGAUCACACGGCGCUUGUGUUCGUGUGAUCUUUCAUAUUUUCGUCGUCCUCGUUGCACCGUUCUGAAGCCAGGCAAAAAAAGACAUUGAGGGCCGAUGGGAAAAUUCAACAUAGCACUCAUAAUAUUUCCGCUCGUCUUUCUUUAAAUUAUCUUGGCGAUAUAUUACUGGGAGGCACUUAACUCAUUCCAUUUUUUUGAUACUUCGACAAAAGGUGGUUCAGGGUCCUUUUAACAUAAACACCAGUGAAUUCCAAUGACACAUGCCUUAUUACUGUGGUAAAGUGUUGAGCUAACACAUAACCCUAAGUAAUGUACUUACGCAUUUACGUAAAGUACUUAGCAAUGCACAUAGCAAUUGCACAAAGUACACCAGCAAUCUCAAUUGUUACUUUCGUUACUGACUUUGUUUAUAUCAGCUGUGAUGCACAUUUUUUGCUUGUUUUAUCAUAACAAUGUUGCUUGCCUGUUGUUCUAUUGAUACCAGUUGUUGAAAACCUCAAUUCCAAGUAAUGUGUACAGUAGCAUACUUGUGCAUGCUCAAAACAUACAUGUUCUGUGCAAUAAACUAAUUCUGUCACGAAUUC